AACCGACACCAAUUAGAUCUCGUGCUUUUCCCUGUCAAAUUUACAGAUAGUGAUUGCCCGUCUCUCUCUUUCUAUGGGAUUUUGCGGCCUUUUUGCCUUGUCGACACGACAGCUCCUUCUCGUUGUAUCAUCGUCCAUCCAGCGCGAAUUUCGUUGGAAGAGCUAAGCUAGAAGCGGUAGCUAGACGACACGGCAUUUUGUGUGUAGGUUUCCAACAGUGAGGAGCAUUUGAGUGCGGAACGAUGGCUGCAAAACCACAACCACGGGAAAGGUACGAGCCGGAGCGGGCGGGCAUCAAUGCAAUUUUGCUGGGACCACCGGGCAGCGGAAAGGGCACACAAGCUCCGAUCCUCAAAGAAAAGUAUUGCGUAUGUCAUCUGUCAACAGGUGAUAUGUUACGAGCCGAAAUUGCAACUGGCUCAAAAUUGGGGACUACCUUGAAAAAGAUAAUUGAUAAAGGCGAACUGGUUUCGGACGAAUUAGUUGUGGAUAUGAUUGACAGCAAUUUGGACAAACCAGAAUGCAAAAAUGGUUUCCUUCUUGACGGUUUCCCACGAACAGUUCCUCAAGCAGAAAAGUUAGACGGCCUAUUGGAAAAGCGGAAAACUCAACUGGAUGCUGUCGUUGAAUUUGGAAUUGAUGACAAUUUGCUUGUGCGACGAAUCACAGGUCGUCUGAUACAUCCACCCAGUGGCCGAUCAUAUCAUGAAGAAUUCCGCCCACCUAAAGUUCCAAUGCGUGACGAUGACACUGGUGAACCGCUCAUCCGUAGAAGUGAUGACACUGCUGAAGCGUUGAAAAAACGCCUAGAAAGCUAUCACCGACAAACUAAACCACUUGUCAAUUAUUAUGCUCUACGCGGACUGCAUUUCCGGGUUGAUGCUGCGCAAAGCGCUAAAACGGUAUUCGCCGAUAUCGAUAGUAUUUUCUUGCGACAAAAACAAAAACAUCGCGCCCAGCUAUGAUAGAUAAAAUUUAAAAGAAAAAUGCAACAAAAUAAGUAUAAAGUUUGCAAAAUAAACAGUGGUACUGAAAAUAUCUGGAACUAUCUAUUCAUUUGUAUAGAUCCUUAAGUGGAACGUGGUAGUGUUUAGAAUCAUUGCAUUGAAAUACUUGAGGUGCGGGUAAUUCAUAACUGUCUUGGCAUAUCUUCUACGUUUAUUAUGGAAACGAAAAGUACUUAUAAAAGUGACUUCUACAAAUCAGUCCGACCAGUUCUCAGUUACGCGUGAAAGUGAAACAUGCAAAUCCAGCGCAAAUCUGAUAUUUUUGAUAAUGUACAAAGUUUCAACUUGAACACUCUCCGAAAAGCAUUUUUAUUCCGAAUGUGAUGUGUUGUACUGUUUAAUAAAAGGGCGUUACAUAACAA